AGCAGACAGGACCCGGGCUGAGGCAGCAGCAGCAUCCACACCACCACCACCACCACCACCACCACUUCCACCAGCAGCAGCACCAGCACCAGCACCACCACCAGCAGCCGCAGCAGCAGCAGCAGCAGCAGCAGCGCCGCCACAAAGGGAGCUCAGUGCUGGUUGAAGCUCGACUCUCCGCUCCUCUCUUCAGGGUUUGAGAUGCUCCGGCUCUGCGGCAGGAUGUGCGGCUUCUCGGCCCUGCUCUCGGUGCUUCUCGCUGGGCUCGCGGCGGCGUCCUCGGAUCUGUUUGACAACCAACUGGGCGACAUCAAUUACUGCAAAAAGCAAUGCCAGCUCACCAUCAAAAACAAAAGCCCCGCUAAAGACUCCAUAAUGAACGCCUGUCACCGUGGUUGUCGCCUCUACUCCAUCUGUCAGUUCGUCAAUGGCAACGCCGGCUUCAACACCAGCAGGGAGGAGUGUCAGGGAGCCUGCCAGGAGGCAUAUAUUAAGCUGCUGGAGCAGGAGGCCUGCAGCACCGGUUGUGCCAGCCAACCCUCUGAACCUGAGAUCAAGAGGAGGAAGCUCAGGGCCAUGACUCUCCGCCCCAAGCCCCCCUCUGUGAUGGAGGCCGUGUCCAGUUGGUGCAAUGACAUCGUCAGCUCUGCCCAGAGCUUCAUCUCCUCCACCUGGACCUUCUACCUGCAGGCGGAUGAUGGCAAGGUUGUGGUUUUUCAGAGCCAGCCAGAGAUGGAGUACUCUCUGCCCGAGCUGCAGGCCCCUCGAUCCAACGUGGCUGACAAACCCUGGCCUCAGGUUCACUCUCACACCCAGAGACCUCAUGGUGUGAGAGGACAUGGCGAGAAGGGAGCAUCCAAAGCAGGAGGUAAAGGGAAGCAUCCUGUCCAGCGCACAGACGACCCCACAGCUGAGCACGACUUUCUAGGCUGCAUGUCAAGACGUUCAGGUCUCCCGCGGUGGAUUUUAGCGGCCUGUCUCUUCCUGUCCAUUAUGGUCAUGUUGUGGCUCAGCUGUGCCAGCCUUGUCACUGCACCAGAGCAGCACAUCAAGACGCAGCUGAGUAUCAAUGGAGAUAAAGAGUUUCUGGAUAAUGCCCACAAAGUCAACCCAUACCAUCUGAGUCCUGUGAUUGCCGUCGCCGUCAAACAGUCAGAGGAGAGCCAGGAGGCGGGGCCGCUGCCGGUGAAAGUUGACCUCAACAAAACUUGUGUUUAGAAGGUACCGGUGGGAGAGCAGCUGUCUUGUUUCCCAGGCUAACUUUGUCUAAAAAUCUGUGGCCCGUCAGUGAAAGAGAUGAAACAAACACAUCAACCGACUCACUCAGUCACCAGAAUUUUUAAAAACAUAUUUUUAAGAGCAUGGUCCCGUCAUUAAAAAUUAUCUUACUGAAACAUCUAGCCUGUGUUGAUCAGACGGGCUUCUCAGUUAGCGACGCCUGUCAUGCGUUUCAUUUGCUUGUACAGUUCAGAUUUCUUAAAGUCCAUCCUCAGAUACAAAUGUAUCCUUAUUGAUCAGCCUGCACAUUGCUAAUUGAUAAGACAGUUGUAACUUAGUGCUUCUGUCUCAGAGCCACAUCGGUGAGAGACAAGGAGAGAGGAUGGAUUACAGCUUUCACAUAAUUUUUCAUGUCUAAUGUGCACAAAAGAAGCUGAGAUUCAUUUUAGAUGAAAUUUUCCUCAUUCUCACAGAGAGUUUGGAUUAAUUAAUGGCUGAGAGCGAAGAAAAGUCAGAGAGGAAAGGAAGAUGAAUGAAAGAUGAGCAAAACACUUUGAGAGCACUCUUGUGAGCGCUGCAGGGAAAAGAUACUUAAGCUCAAGUUUACAUAUCCUGCAUUGUCAUCUGUUUAGUAAUACUGUCUGCAAAAGUGGUCUAGAAAUUGAGAAUCAGGUUUCACACUGUGAAAUAAUUCUCAGGUGAGCUACCCAUUCUCACUAAGUUCAGAAAAACAUACUUUCUCAAAAAAACUAAAACAGUGUCACCGUAUUCCUCUGUGUGUCUGUGUGCACGUCUGCAUCUACAAACAGCAUACAUUCAUUUAUGAGGAACAUAUUGAAAACCCAGUAAAGGAGUCAAAACUGGACGCUCUGUCUUAGAAUGAGCAAGAAUUAAACAUUAUUUCAUUCUUUAUUUAUUCAGAAUUUUCGACACAAGUUAGCAAAUUAUGUUAUUGAAGUGCCAUGUACAGUCAAUUCAUCAAACAAAUGUAAUUGAUCUGUCUGUAAAAUACAUUGUAACACAGAUUGGAAAGAGACACAUAGAGGGGAGAUUGCACCUAUUACUGUAUUAUUAUUAUUGUUAUUAUCAUAUUAUUGCUCUUAUAUCACUUAAAGUUCUUAGCUGUUAAAUGUGCCAUGUGCUUUCAAAUAGCUGACUAUUUUGUAUGUCCCAGGAGCACAUACUGAAGGAUAACCUCUGUAACAAUGUGAAAUGCAAAGCGUUUAAAUCUUUGUUAUUGAACAGAGUUGCACAGUCUUAGAGAAGAUUUUCUGUUUUCCUCUCAGUGCUUUUGAUGUCCUGUAACGCUCUCUUUUAAUCCAGGCUAUGUAGACAAUAAACCGUGCAUGCAAGUGACGCUUCGAUAGUUUAUCUUAACCGCCCAUGCCAGUAUGGCACGACUCUACUGUAGACUUGUGGUUUUUUGUGUUACUAUUUACUGUAAGCAUUGAUAGAAUGUGUAAUAAUGAAUGACAAUAUCCUCAUGAUUUACAGAAAGGACUCUGAAUCAUAAAAAAGCCAUUCAAUCCAUAUCUGUGCUGGUUCAAACUGAAGGUAUAUCACAAGGAAUAUGAUAUGAAUUUCAAACUGUAUUGUUUCCUUUUUACUGGUCUGUUUAUUUUCAAUGAAAUGAUACUUACAACAUAAUGAAUAAAGUGUUUUCAUUGUA